ACGAGAGGGCAUAAGCUCAUUCACCUUUUUUAGCUCAAGCCAGUUUCCCAGCUUCGAGUGCUGUGGAAAUGGUCAACUCGAAGAAAGACUGCCAGUAAUAUGGUGACCGUUCAAGAUCAUGCCUAAAAGAUGACAAGACGUAGCGACAGUCGCACCAGGCGUGGUCGAUCUAACAGCUCUUCACCAACAGGCCCCAGACAAACCAAAUCCAGACGCAGAAAUGCCAAUCAGACAUCUGAAAGCCCAGCCCCUGUUCCUGAGGAGUCUUCCAUUCAGGAGAACAACACUGAAGUAGAAACAAAAGGCAAAGACGAACAGAUGGAGCAGACGGCCAAACGCCAAAGUCAGAGGAAUGCUGGCAAAGAGUCUGAGGCAAAGAAGCCAACUCCUGCAGCAAGUCUUAAAAGUACACGCACACCUCGGGCUGGGAAGAAAGUUGGUAUGGAGCUUGAUCAGGAGGCAGCCUCUGAAAUGGCGAAGCCCUCGUCUUCUGUGUCACUGGCCACCAGCUUGCCCGUCACCCCAAGCAACAUGCCCAAACCAGAGCCUGUGGAUACUCCUGGGGAUUCAGGUAUCGAGAAGUCUCCAACUGAGCUGCAGGUUGUUAGAGCAAUAGCCAAGCCUCCCAAAAAACGUAAAGCAAAUGAUAUUGAGCCUGAACUUGUGGUGUCACCUCCACCAAAACGACCUGCUAUUGACUUAAAUGAAUGGAAGAAUCAACGUGUUCUUGCUAAAAGGGAGACUGUUUUCCAGCCUGGUGUUGUGAAGCAGAUUCGUCAGAAUCGACACAUUGGAAUCUGCUUUGAUGAUAAGACUGUAAUCUAUUACAACGACAUCUUGAAUGCCCCAUUGUGUGACAUCAUAUCAGACAACUCCCCGAUGGGGAUGCUGGUUUCCAUAGGAACUAAAGUGUGUGUGAGAAUCAGUUCUGAAGAAAAUGUUUUCUAUGAAGGUUUUGUGAUGGAGAAGAAAAAUGCACCUGUUAUGUAUAAAAUACACUUGGACAACAAACCCGAAAACAAGCCUGAAGACUGCUGGGUGACUCGGGCCAACAUCCGGCUCCUCCAGCCUCCAUGGUAUGAGGAUAUGGAGGACAACUUCUCCGAGCCGGAGCACAUGUAUCAGCCCAUCCCUGGUGGAGGAGUCUAUAGAAUAGAGAGGCCUGCAUCAAGCGUUGCUAGUAUAGCAAGCUUUGAUAAAAAUGACUCGUCUGAAGAUGAAAUGACAGCAGAGAAUCUGAGCUUUGACUCUUCUGGAAUGAGUACACCUAGAUCAGGCAGUGCAACACCAGGUGCUCGUUCACAGAAUGGACGUGAACGCAACAAGCAGCCUCCUAAAAAACGUGAAUCUGCACGCAGUCGGAGUGCCCAAUCCACAGAGAGUAGUCGGUCGAGUACUCCUCGAUCUCCCCUGACAACAAAAUACAAGAAAGGGGAUGUUGUGUCCACUCCUAAUGGAAUACGGAAAAAAUUCAAUGGAAAGCAAUGGAGAAGGUUGUGCUCUAAAGAAGGGUGUACAAAAGAGUCUCAGAGGCGAGGUUUUUGUUCAAGACAUUUAUCACUGAAAGGCAAGAGUCUUCGUCAAGCUCCAACUUUCCCUGGGUGUCGGAAAGGGGAGAUGAAAGAAGGCCAGAUUCAGUGGACAGACCAAUCAAGAGAAGGUGAAACUGAACAUGACAGACUGCUACAGCAUCAGUUUGAUAUGGAUGAGAAGGAGGCAGCCAAUAUGUUAGUCUCAUUGGGCAACUCUCGGUCAACGACACCAGCCUUCUCUCCGACACCGCAGACACCCAUCUCGCCACGUCUGUCAGCCCAAUCACCCCCAGGUUCCGCCAUCUACAGAAGUGGGUCAACAUCAUUCACCCCCAUCUCCCCGCACACCAACCCCCAGAACCCUGGCUUCAUUACCUCGCCCUCCCGAUCAUGGAGUGCUGGCACCUCCAAGUCCAGCACCUCGUCCGAACAUGUAUCCCCAGUCACACCAAGAUUUCCUCCAUCUUCAGGUGGCCCAUCUGCCUUCCAGCCGAAGAUUAAUGUCAUUGACCCUAAUGUCUUGCCCAAACCCAGGAGUUUGUCCAUUGCUACUCGACAGGACUCCAUUGUGAGUGAAGAUUCGGGAAUUGAAAUUCAGCCACCAAAGACACCAGAUCAACAUUCUUCACAUUCUGCACAUACAAGACAGAAUUUGUAUCCAACCGGUGCAUGUUCGAUUCUCACUUCGACAAUUCAGCAGCGUCUUGCUGCCCACAAUGCUGAGAUGGCCAGGGAAACGGCAUUUGUGACAGUGUCUCAGCAACAGGCACAUGCAGGGAGGGAACAGAGAGCAUAUUCUGAGACUGGGGUGAGGAACUAUUCUGGCAUGGUUUCAGGAAAGAGUCACUCCAUGGACCAUGUGGCUGAUAGACAUGUUGCCAUAUUGCCUGAUCAUAUCAAUGGUGGGAGACUACCUCGACCCUCGCACCAGGAAUAUGAACAACAGUUGCAUCAUGGGAUGCAGGAACGUGCCCACGAUGCACAUUCUAACGUUCCGAUGGAGCUGACCAGUCGGGCGAGUGUAAGUGUAUCCCAUAACACUCUUUCCCAGAAUACAGUUGUCAGCCAAGCACAUACCACCUUGCAACAACAGCUACACCAAGCUACACCAAAUGCUGGUCAACAGCAGGGGUCAAGUUACCCCGCUGGAGCCGUGCACCCAACAGCAUCCACGCUGUUGCCAGUGUUACCAGUGAAUGACCACCCGAGGGAAGCCGCCCCAGCAGAGAGAACCAAUCACAUGAGGGAAGACCAUUCAGAACCGUCUCGGAAUGAGAUCCGUGUAUAUCCUUGGCAUUCACUGGUUCCCUUUCUGACCAAUACGGGACCAGCUGUUCCAGCAACCCCCCCAAAUGGAGCAAGUCACCCGCCCCCACAGCCAGCCACCCCACCCCCUGUUGUUAGCAAACAGGAACCUCCUCAAACGACUCCAGGAGUGGUGGAAACAUCUUUCAAGGUGGAUGAUGACAUAGAUGAGGAUGAUGACGAUGUUUUUGAACCUGCACCAAUUGAUUCACCCAAAAAGUUGAAUGCCAGGUCCCCAACCAAGAGACGUACUCAGUCCCUGAGUGCUCUGAAGGACAAGGAGGAGCCGCGCAGCCCACGCAAGUCCCGGGACAAGGACCACAUCCGCCGUCCCAUGAACGCUUUCAUGAUCUUCAGCAAGCGGCAUCGAGCUCUGGUUCAUCAGCGCCAUCCUAACCAGGACAACCGCACAGUCAGCAAGAUCCUUGGGGAGUGGUGGUAUGCCCUCGGGCCCAAGGAGAAGCAGAAAUAUCAUGAUCUGGCAUCACAGGUGAAAGAGGCCCACUUCAAGGCGCAUCCAGAUUGGAAGUGGUGUUCCAAGGACAGAAAGCGGUCUAGCACAAUUGCAGCGACCUUGAAACAAAGGGGAGGUAACCGACGUCUGAGUUCAACUGAUGACCUCUCUGAAGCAGUUGGAGACAUAGAUGACAAGUUGGACCCUGAGGUGCUGGACCUGGAGGAGCGUGAGGUGGUCACCAGCCUUGAACCUGAGUCCUCCAUGCCCCUGUCCCAGGCGGCUAUCAGUGGCAUCAUGAAGCAGCGAUCUCUCAGCUUCUCCGCUGUGCCGCAAGAGGAGGUGCGCGGCUUCCUGCCACCCACCUGCAAGUCCUAUCAACAGCCCGAGGGCCUGGCAGUGGAAUCUGGAGGCAUCUCAGUGGGCAGACCCCAUCAGUUGUAUCAGCAACCUGGCUCUUCUAACAACCCCCCUCGCACCACUGUGGCAUUCCAUGAUGCCCCACCCCCACACACACCUCAGCCGUCGCAGAUGUCCCAGCAGCAUUACAACUUCACGCAGGAGCAGGUGCGGCAGUUUCACCGCAGCCUCGGUUCAAAGGGUGAUGAUGAUGACAGUGAUGAUGAGAAGAUGGUUAUAUGCGAGGAUGAAGGUGGCAUCAGUGCUGGUGGUGAGAUGGGUGGUAUUGACCUCAACUGUAAGGAGCAUGUGUCAGACAGCGAGACCGACAGUCAGACAGAGGAAGACACUCUCAUCGAGAACAAGGCGUUCCCCCAACAGCGCUUCUCUCCAGUCAUGAAGAACAUCACCCCUGCAGACAUCGCUUACCGCCCCAAACCCAUUCGCCGCAUGCCUGAUCCUCAGAUGGAGAUGGAUGUGAGCUCCCCCAUCAACAAGCAGCUGGCGGAAGGGCUGCUGAUGCCGCGACCCUCCAGCACUGGCUCCAGCUUUCAGCCGAAGGGAGCCGUGUUUAAAGCCAAGUCACGCGAUGGGCGACUUAUGUCUGCCAGUUCUCUGGACAUGCUGACCGAAGCCCGUGACGAUGAGGGCAUGUACAGCACUAGUUCGCGUAUGCCGGGUACACAGCAGCAGACGGUCAAACUUGGUCAGAUGAAGAUCCACAACAUUACAAUGACCCAGGACAAGCAGCAGUUUAUUGUGUCCUCCAACAUGCAGACCACUCUCGGCAAGCAGAAUGGGCGGGGGCCGGUGAUGGGGAAGAUAACUCAGAAGUCGCGAGCCGCUAAACCCAUGCCUCAGAGUCCUCUAUCAUAUUCUCCAAGCCAGGCUUCCCCUGUUUCCUCACACCACGUCGCCCGGCCCCCCACAGCCAGUACAGUCCAGUUCCCUGCCAUGCCGCAGGUGAUGGUAACUCAUGCUGGUCAUCAUGUUGGUGGAAGUGUGGCUCCAACGUUUUCCACAACGGACAAACCCAUCACUACUCCCAUCCCCAUUGCCUCAAAGCCUAUUCACAAUUUACCACAGACAACAUCAUCUAAAACUGCCUCCGUUAACAAUGUGUGUAUCCCCCAACAGACUCUUUUGACCGGCAACAAUUCUAAUGGCAGCAUGAAAAACGUGAGCACAAUUCUGUUACAGAGCAUUCCAAGCAGCCCAUAUGGCAUGACAAUUCUCAACUCCCCAACUGUUAGUGCUGUCACGGCCAAUAAACUCAACAAUAGUGCUAAUGUGCAAACUUCGGUCAACUCGGGUGCAUAUGUUACAACGCUACGCAACAUUGCCCCGCCCCAGAGUGUGCAGCCGCCGCAGCAACAAGUGCAAAACCUGGCUUCCCCAGCAUUGCUGACUAAUGUGCUACUUAAGACCAACCAGUCCAGUCCUGGCACUGCCACCAUGGCCAUCCAGCAGCCCCAGACCCCCACACAGCCCACCCUGCAGCCCACACAUGUUCAGUAUAUCCUACCGUCAGUGCGAGUGCAGCCCGCUCCUCCGGGGGGCAAGGUCCAGAACGUUCUGCAGAUGGCUCUGCCAGGAGGUGCUGUGCAGCAGAACAUUGUCGCUGUGGCCAGCAAUAAUGUGGCCCCGCCUGCACAGGUUCAGACCAGCAACUUCCAGAUCAGCACAGCACCUGGAGGGCUUCGUAUGACAAACUCACCUCAAAGCAAGGUCAUGCCACAGCAACAAACACAGACUUUGAUGGCAGCACCCAAACAGCACCCUCAGCAAGCGAAGGCUGUUGCCAUGGUUACACAACUAGUGACUGUUAAUCCGUCGCCUGCAGUGCUGGCGACAUCCCCACAUCACGUACAGCUGGGUCAGCCCGUAGUGUCACUCACUGUGGCUCAUCCCUCGGUGCAGCAUCAGAUGCAGCCCACCCAGUCACAGAGUGUCAUAUCACAGCAACUACAGCAACAGCAGCAGCAACAGCGCAUUCUCUUGCCUUCUACACAGAAAAUUGCAUACGUCCAGCAAGGGACGGGCAUAGCCGUGCCUGUGGCGACAACCCCCCCAGGGAACAAGGCUGAGGUGUCCCACGCAUACAUCCCAGCAGCUUACGUAGGCUCUGUGCCUCAGGUGAACCAGGGCAACGUACAACAGGUCCUGAUCCAGCCACAAGCAGUCCCAUCUCCAUCACUGGCCACCAGUCCAGCUCCCCCUGCCCAGCCAAACAUCGCCCCUAAACCUCAGCUGUCUGCGCACAAGACACAACAGAGUCCACCACAGGCACAGAGUUCCAUGUAUUAUGGUGUGAUGAACGUGCGGUCUUCCAGCUACAUCACUUUCCCAACCGAUGGGAAGGGAGAGAUUGGCUACAUCAGCAACCCCAACUUCCAGACUCGACCCACCAAGGUUAAGGCCACCCUUGCCAGCAUCCCUGUCGCCACAGAGAGCCUGCAGAGACCACCAGUCUCUCAAGGCCGCCAGGUGUCCGUCAGCUCUCCACGCCCCUCCCCCUCCCCAGGAUAUCACCUGUCUCCUAGUCCCAGCACCCCAAUACACUGCAGCCCUGCCCCCUCCCCUACUCCCAUCCACAGACCUCCCCCACCCCCUCAGCCAGUUAUGACACAGCCCCAAGUAGAGCCACAGCCACCACCUCCUCAGCCUCUGCAGUCAGCCAUGAGUCAAGGGCGGACAACUGUGGAUACCCGUGAGGUCACAUUUAGCUUUGACGUAAUGAAGGACUCAGACAGUGGGGAGAAACCUCAACGGGCCUGUAAAGGGAAAAAGUACAGUCAGCUCCGGGAGUCAGAGAUGAGGGUGAAGAGGAAGAAGCCAAGCCCCCUGUCUGACAUCCACGAGGACCAGGGGAUGCUGUCACAAGAGUCCUCCCCCCACGGAGACCCGAGUGAGGGGGAUCACCAGCCAAUGGAGGCCAUGUCCGAGACACAGUCGAGUCCUGCAGCAUCAGCGUCACCAGAAACACCGUCACAGCCGAAGGCCAAGCACAAGCCCCCUCCUCUGUCCGUCCCUCCACACGUACUGCAGACCUCCAGCGCCCCCAUGCCCUCGCCCAGCCUCAACAGUCCACGCAGGAGCUUCUUCAAGAAAACAGUGGACGACGGCAUGGACAAGUCCCUCAGGGUGCUGGAAACAGUGAACUUCGAGAGGAAGUUUGAGUCCCUGCCUCAGUUUGUGCCUGAAGAGACGGAGUCGAAGACUCCAAUCCCCCAGAGUCCCAGGGCCAUUAUCAAUGUCUACAGGAAGAGGAGGAAGGUCUCAGGACUCGUGAAAGGGGAUAUUGGGGAAACUGACAGUAACAAGUUCUCCAGUGAGUCGGAGACCACCACGCCCAAGACUCCUCACAGUGCCAGGUUUGAAGACACCAAGUUCUUUGGAUCCAACUUUAACCUGGACGCUUUGAAGGAUCCCGAUUUUGUGAACAAAAUGAGUGAGUGUUUGUUGGAGUAUGAGGAUUUGAACUCCCCCCGCACUCCAAAGACGCCGAGUUCCCCGGGUGCGUUCUCCAAUCGCAGACUGCUGGACCAGAGACGCCAGCUUGUGAUGCAGCUGUUUGAAGAACAAGGGCUGUUCCCUACAGCACAAGCUACAGCCGGCUUCCAGUCCAAGCACCAGGACAUCUUCCCAACCAAGGUCUGUCUCCAACUGAAGAUCCGAGAAGUCCGACAGAAAAUGAUGGCCCAGUCUGCCGCAGCUACCAAGGACUUUGAGGAGGGCCACGGCCCAUUGACCCCCAACACCCUGGAGGCACAGUUCAUGGCAGCAGUAGCUUCCUCCACGGCCACCACCUCCAGCUCCGCCACUGCCACUGGACCCAACCCCGUGUCCACCGCGGGCCAGAUGUACCCCCCCACUACCUACCCCUGAACUCAGCAGUGAGGGGCCACGUCUCAACAUGGAUUUCAACACUGGAAAAUGUUUGUUUGCUCAAACACGAAAUUAAAAAAAUCUAUUUUUGACUUUGAAGAGUGAGAGAACUGCUUUGUGCUUUGAAGUACGACCAAUUUGAGAGGUUCAUCGACUGGGUCUGCUUGUGAGUUGAGUGGGUUGAGCGAUGGUAUUUUGUCAGAUUUGCCUUUUGGAAAAGGAAGGUGUUGUGUAUAUCAACGAACAGUAAUAUCAAUUCAUUUCUGACUUUUUAGGAUGGAACUUUUUGUUUCACAAGGUGAAUGCAUGUAUUAGAGAGAGUUGAUAUGUAUUGGAAAUGUGCAAGACAUUUUACGCAUUUUAUUUGUGUUGUUGGAGUAAGUUCUGUUACACUUGUUAGUGAAAUGUGGUUUCACAAUGACAUUCUUCUUGUGGUUUUACCAUAGGAGGGAAAGUUGAAGACGUAAGAGGUGUGAACAUAUUUGAGACAAGAAACUAGAAGGUGAUGGCAUACCUUCACAAAUACUAAAAGACUUAGUCAUUUAGUAAUGUUUUAUUUGAAACGAUGUAUGCCUGUUUAUUUUCCUAUUUAAAUGUUGAAAAAACGUGCUUAUAAGUAGUGCUUUGAAGAACUUGCUUCAAAAUUCCUGGUAUUUAACGGAAUGAGAUGGUGAAUCAUUGUUGAGUUUGCUACUCCUGUGUUGCAAUAAAAAAUUUUCUUCCCACUGCUUCAACAAUAAAUUAUGUUCAGCCCUGUGAUAAGGCAUUGAUGCUUGGGGUUGGGAAAGUGUCGUUGAUGUGAUAUUCCGACAUGACGCGGGGUGUUGAUAUGGGCAAUAGGUGACACUAGUUAUACAACGUUUAUCAUGCAUUCUGGUAGUUGUACAGGACACAUUCUGUUUGCUAUACGGCAUGUUAGAUGUAAAUGCUUAUGAAAUGCAAGGGCGGAUCCAGCAUAUUUAAUGCUCUCUGUCAAUUUUACUGCCUACAACAUACUACAUUUUGUUUUCAAGGGGUGGGGGAGUGGGUGUGUGUAUGUGUCCGGACCCCCUGGACACCCCCACCCCCCAUCACCCCACCCCUCUGGAUCCACCUGUGACAUGUGCUGUUCACCAGCUUGUGGUAGUUGGCAUGGCUGUUCAUUGUUCCAGCCACCCACACAGGCCUUUGGUUGCAUUAAAUACAAUGCCCACCUGUUUCUGUAGAGUGUAUCGCUGCAUUUUUCUGCUGAACUCAUACAAAACAUAACAUGUUCCUUUCAAAUUUACUUUUAAGAAAUCUGAUUUACUUGUUAUGUGCCUGAAGGCAGUUUUCAUAACAUCUUGCUUCAGUGGAGAGUGUUAGUUACAAUAUAUGCGAGAGGUUUCUGUGCAGACAGUUGAUGUAGCAGAUUAUUACCUUUGUAUUUGCCUUCUUGGAUAUUCUAGAAAAGUUAGCAAAGCCAAUGGAAGUUUUUAAGAGAUAAACAAUACUGACAAUAUGGUAAUGACAGCUUCAGUCACAGAAGUAUGAUACAUCAUUUGUUGGUUAUUUAUGAUACAGGACUCUGCUUGAGCUAUAUGAUUUCUUUACUGUUUUUCUGGAAUAUAUUUGGUGAGGCUUGCAAUUUGUACAUUGGAGACGUGUUUGGCAGGUUCGCGUGAGGGGCAUUUCCAGCCACAAUGUGACUCCUGAUUUAUUGUGAAUGACGUUUUGGUAAAGUAUGGUGCUCACACAUGCUGAAUAAAUCAUGUUUUGAAAGCAUUGAAAGUCCAAAUUUGCACAGAUUACCUCUAGCAGAUUCAGUAAAGAAUUUGUACACUCAAAAACAAUGUGAAAGGAAUUUUGAUGUUGGUGGUUAUCUCUGAUACAAGGGAGACAACUCUAGAUGAACGUUUGGAAAGGAAUAUUUUUGCCUUUAAAUGUAGGCAGCGUGUUUUUAUAUGAAAUAUAUCUACCCAUUUCUAUUUUUGCACCAAGAAUGACUUAAGCACCUGUAUAUCAACUAAUCAGAGUGAACCAUGAUAUAAAUGUUGCUAAUUUUAUACUUGUCAGACCCUAAUGUCUUGGUGAAAUCACUUUUUUGUACCAUGGUAUCAUGGUAAAAUAUAUUGUUUGAAGUUCUUUAGAAAAAUAUUUAUGAAGUGUAUUCUUUGAAUUAAGACUCCAAAUGGCAUGGAAGUGUCAAAGACGAAGAUAUUAUUUGGCCCUCUCAGUUGAUCAAUAGGUCUCUGAAUGUCAUGGUUUAAUUUGUGUGCAUCUAUCAGGCCGAAAUAUUUAUUUAUUAGAAAUAAUUUAAUUAUGAGAUGAUAUACCAAAGAGGUGUGUUACCAAGACAUUCCGGUUGAUGUAUUUAUCCAGUAUAGCUUCACGGGGAUGUGAACAUAGGAAGAAACUGUGAUAGACUAGUUGGUUUACUUAAAUACUUGCUACUUUGUUACAUGUGUGUGAACAGUGGUUAGUUAAUGACAAUACUUUUUAAACAUUGUUGAUUUUGUUAAUAUGUACAUUUCUUGUAAAUACUUAUCUGUGUAAAAUAGAACACACGUCAUCUUGAUAGGUCAUUGUUAUUUGUUCUCAAGUUGAUCAAGAGUAAAACUCGAAGCAUUUAUGUCUGAAAUCUGAUUCUUUGUGUAACCGUGGAUACGGAGUCACGGUAUUCAACAUUGGACUCAAUCCCUUAGAGGACGUGAGAUUUGUGUUUUGAAGGAUCACAUUUUUCCAAAAGUGGCAGGUUGGCUUUGUCAGCUCAAUUAAUGCUCAUUUCCUUUGUAUGUCAACAUUUUUGUGAAAUCAAUUGUCAUUUUUCAAAAGUUAAUGUUUUAGUGCUUAUUUUAUAAUGUCCAAUGUUUUGAACUAAGAACUAGCAGCAGUGUUCCUCAAUGAAAUUGUUCGUUAUUGGCUAUCAAGUUAAAAAGUAUUUGUCCCCAUUUUUUCUUUAAAACUUUAGGAUGUUUGCCCUUCAUUUCAAGCAUGAAAAGACCUCUUUGUCUUUUUUCUGACAAUCGUUCAUUUCAAAGUGGUCCAUCUGUCAAAUUGUCCUGGAGAUCUGUAUAUUUUCAUGUCCGGUCACUUGCAUUUAUUAUCUGUCACAAGUCUAUCAUGUUUUGUAAAUUUGUCAUUUCAUUCCUUUGUUUUUAGAAAUAGCUUAGUUUCCCAUAAUGCACAAACGUUGCCAAUGUUUUACAAGAAACUCCUUGUAUUCUUUGAAUAUGUAUUUUAUACAGAUUUUGGCCUGAUGAGGCACAUUUUUUGGUUCCCAUUUUAUCAUGUCCUACAGGGACAACAGUGUUUUCUGAUAAGUAAAGUUUCUUUUUCUAAAUUAAUGAAAUAGGGAUAUUUCACAGAUGAUUAUGCUGGAGAUGUUAAAUAGCUCUUGAAGGCUCUUGAAAUAGUGAGGCAUCCUCAAAUUCAAAAUUCUAACACUACUUUGUGUACAUGCUCUGUUCAACACCGUUGAGGUUUAUAAGAAUGUUCUCUAAGAGAUGUAGAUGCUGGUAAAUGCCCUUGAGUGGAAGGAAUCCUAACAUCUCUCUUCCUCAUACUGUAUGUUUUAAAGUGAACUCGGUAUGUAUACAGUUUGUUAUGUACAUAGUGUAUAUGUUGGUUCUGGGGUCGCCACUAGGUGGCUCCAGAUGUCAAGGUCAGUGCAAGAUAAUAAACACAUUGAUUGUAUGAACUAUCAA